GCCAGGCCGGGCCCCGCGCCGCGCAGCUAGGCAGCCUCGCGCGCAGCCCCGGGAGCGGCGGGGCCAUGCAGCGGGCCUGAGCGCGGGCCGGCGCGGAGCAGAGCGCGCGGCGGGCGGCCCAGCAUGGAGCUCAGCCUGGAGAGCCUCGGGGGCCUGCACGGCGUGGCCCACGCUCAGGCGGGCGAGCUGCUGAGCCCGGGCCACGCGCGUUCGGCGGCGGCGCAGCACCGCGGGCUGGUGGCGCCCGGGCGCCCGGGGCUGGUGGCGGGCAUGGCGAGCCUGCUGGACGGCGGCGGCGGCGGCGGCGGCGCCGGGGGCGCGGGCGGCGCGGGCGGCGCGGGCGGCGGCGCGGACUUCCGCGGGGAACUGGCGGGCCCGCUGCACCCGGCCAUGGGCAUGGCCUGCGAGGCGCCCGGCCUGGGCGGCACCUACACGACGCUCACGCCCCUGCAGCACCUGCCGCCGCUCGCGGCCGUGGCCGACAAGUUCCACCAGCACGCGGCGGCCGCGGCGGUGGCCGGGGCGCACGGCGGCCACCCGCACGCGCACCCGCACCCGGCGGCCGCGCCGCCCCCGCCGCCCCCGCCGCAGCGCCUGGCGGCCAGCGUGAGCGGCAGCUUCACCCUCAUGCGCGACGAGCGCGCCGCGCUGGCCUCCGUGGGCCACCUCUACGGGCCCUACGGCAAGGAGCUGCCCGCCAUGGGCUCGCCGCUGUCGCCGCUGCCCAGCCCGCUGCCGCCCGCCCUACACGGGGCCCCGCAGCCGCCGCCGCCGCCGCCGCCCCCGCCGCUGGCCGCCUACGGCGCCCCGGGCCACCUGGCCGGCGACAAGCUGCUGCCGCCCGCCGCCUUCGAGCCGCACGCCGCGCUGCUGGGGCGCGCCGAGGACGCGCUGGCCCGCGGGCUGCCGGGCGGCGGCGGCGGCGGCGGCGCGGGCGGCGCGGGCGCGGCGGGGCUGCUGGCGCCGCUGGGCGGGCUGGCGGCGGCCGGGGCGCACGGGCCGCACGCGGGCGGCGGCGGCGGCCCUGGAGGCGGCGGCGGCCCAGGCGGCGGCCCCGGGGCUGGCGCGGCGGCCGAGGAGAUCAACACCAAGGAGGUGGCGCAGCGCAUCACGGCGGAGCUGAAGCGCUACAGCAUCCCGCAGGCCAUCUUCGCGCAGCGCAUCCUGUGCCGCUCGCAGGGCACGCUCUCCGACCUGCUGCGCAACCCCAAGCCCUGGAGCAAGCUCAAGUCGGGCCGGGAGACCUUCCGCAGGAUGUGGAAGUGGCUGCAGGAGCCCGAGUUCCAGCGCAUGUCGGCGCUGCGCCUCGCAGCCUGCAAGCGCAAGGAGCAGGAGCAGCAGAAGGAGCGCGCGCUGCAGCCCAAGAAGCAGCGCCUGGUGUUCACCGACCUGCAGCGCCGCACGCUGAUCGCCAUCUUCAAGGAGAACAAGCGGCCGUCCAAGGAGAUGCAGGUCACCAUCUCGCAGCAGCUCGGCCUGGAGCUCAACACCGUCAGCAACUUCUUCAUGAACGCGCGGCGCCGCUGCAUGAACCGCUGGGCCGAGGAGCCCGGCGCGGCGCCCGGGGGUCCCGCCGGCGCCGCCACCUUCUCCAAGGCCUGAGGCGCCCCGGCCCCGCGCCCUCCCCGCGCCCACGGUCUGGGCGCUGCCCGCCCCCCGCACCUCCCCCCUCCCCCAGACGGCCCGGAGACCCGCCCCUGGGCCCCCCGGAGGGGGUGCGGCCCGGGCCUCCCACACCCCGGGAGGGGACGCAGCACACCCCUCAGCCCAAGUGCACAAAAG